UUGUUUACUAUUUAAUCUGUUAAUAAAUUGAUUCAAAGCUGUCAUACUUUUAGGAAAGGAUAUGUUACAAAUUGCAACUAGCUGAAUAAAUAAUUUGAAACGAUAUUGCGCACGGAAAUCAUUGGAAGGUUGAAGAGCAAUACACGAGUGUAUAAAAUGGAUGAGCGAAAUUUCCGUUCGAGUUACUAUGAAAAAGUGGGAUGUUAUUCCGUUGAAGAAAAGAAAUCGCUAAAUAAACUGCUCCAAGACAAUAUACGUAAUCACUCAAAAUUAAAGCAGUUUUGUUUAAGUUAUACUGUACCUACGGCACAACGUGGCCUAUUGUGGAGUAUUAUACUUGGUGUAUUGCCACUACACAAAAACUCAAUGGAUUAUAUACUACUACAACGCACUGCCGUUUACGAGGACUUACACCGCGCAGUCACUAAAAUGCAAUAUAUCGAUCAAACCUCACCGAAAAGUAAAGUGCUACAGACAAUGUGGCUUUUAGAAAAUGGUCGACUGUUGCACCCAUUAACCGGUCCACCGGACGAUGAUAACAAUUUUAUGGAAAUUGUUAAAGUACUUCUACAAAUAUUUGAUAAUGAUGUGGAGACUUAUUGGAUAGCCAAAGAGUUUUUUGCAUGCACAAAAGGAAUACAGCAAGAAUGUGCGAAACUAAUGGAACUUACACAGACGUUGUUAAAACGUGAGGAUAUUGAAUUGAAUAACCACUUGGAGAAACUGGGUGUUUUUAAUACAGGGGAAAUAUUAGAAAAAUUGUACGUAACCUGCUUCGCUGGAGUCAUUACUGAUACAGCAUUAGUAAAAGUGUGGGAUAAAAUAUGUGGCGGGUCCAGAAAAAUCGUUGUCUUUGUUUUCUUGGAUUUAGUCAAAACGCUGAGAAAUCAUAUUUUGGAUUGCAAGUCGAUACUUGAUUUAAAAACACUAAUAGAACAGGUAAAGGACCAAGACGCCACCAUAGUUAACAAAGCCAUUAAAACUUGGCAAAGUAAUAAGAAUCACAAUGAGAUAACUGUGCACUGAUAAACAAAAUUUCGUUAGGACUGCGCUUUAUUUGGUUAUUCCCAUCCCGUUUCAACGUCUACAUAAAACUUAAAUAUACUUGAAUACAACAUCCUUUUUAUCUGCAACGGUUUGCAACUCCAAUGUCACCGGACACUGCAACCAAUACGAGAGGAGCUCCUCGGUGUAACCAAUAAGGAAGUACAUCUUUCUCGGGCUAAUUGCUUGGCGCAUAAUGGCAGCUAUUCUUAUCAUAUUAUGCUGCCUUUUGAUAAUCACUUCGGAUACAAUAAGCGCAUGCCAGGUACCAGUCAUGAACUUGCGCAUAAACACAUCUUCAAUGGCUGUCUGUGAGGGGCGCAGUCCAUCCAACAUAGAUGCUAUAUGGAGCAAUAAAUACAAUUCAUUUAAAUAGAAUAUAAAAUUUGUAAUAAUAAAAUUUUUAUACGUACA